AUGGAUUCAAAACUAUUGGAAAAUUCAAAUCCAAAGCUAUAUCUGAAGUCAGAGGACAGACAGACCACGACUGACGAGGAAGACGACCGACUCGUCGAUGAGAUCGACGCGCGCGAAGUGUUUGAUCUGAUCCGUGGUAUCCGAGACCCGGAGCACCCGUUCACUUUGGAACAGCUGAAUGUGGUGUCCGAAGACAAGUGUGAAGUGGAUCUGCAGAGGAAUAUAUGCAGUGUUUGGUUCACUCCCACUAUAGACCACUGCUCGAUGGCCACACUCAUCGGACUGUCCAUUCAGGUGAAACUGAUCCGCUCUCUGCCCGAACACUUCAAAAUCGAUGUCUAUAUCACACCCGGAAGUCACGCCACCGAAGAGGCGGUCAAUAAGCAGUUGGCAGACAAGGAGAGAGUGGCGGCCGCUCUCGAGAACCAGCACUUGCUUGAAGUGGUCAACCAGUGUCUCGUAGACUCCUUCUGA